UUUUUUAUAAUUAAGUAAAAAUUUGUUAUCACAAACUGCUUGAUGCUGCUUCUAAAAUCUGGCUUCUGGCAUUUGCUAUAAAUGCACUGAUAAUAAAAAAAGACUAAAACCAAACAUAAAAAGAUUAGAUUUGACUGAAAUCACAGCAGCAGCUCUGAAAUUGUUGAAGCCCGCUUGCGUUACUUGUUAAUGUUUUCACAUUUUAUGUGGAACGCAACAACAAGGUGAUUGUGCAGAGGGGAGGGACUGAGGUUACUGUGUCUAUGUCUAUGACUGUAGACAGUCAGCCAGCAGCAAAUGAUGCUUUUGUCACUGUGAAGAGACUGGACCCACACAGCGUACACUUGGCGUGCUGAAAGGCUUUAUUUUGAUCACAAGCACUCUUUUAGGUUCAGCACAGUCUUCCAGCCUGGAGCCAGCUCUCUGCGUGGUUUCCUCCACCACACACACACCCCUCCCAUUAGUCUUCUCUGGCACUAUUAGUCUCAUCACCAUUACCUGUUCCCCCUGACAUCACAGCACCGCCACUCCACUGCAGCAGGCCAGAGACCACAUCCCUACCACAGUCACGCACUGUGGAUGUGGGGGGGUGUCGAAGCUCAGGGCUGUGGCUCUGUGUGGAUGGACUGAUGUGCUGGAGACUGCAGUGCAAGUAGCAGAGUGCUUGAUUUCAGAGCGAUCAAGCUUAGAAGCAGAGCUCGUUCAAGACUGAUGGACACUCUUUGGAUAAGCCCCGCUGUCCUCUUCACCAUCUUCAUUAUCAGCUUCGACACAGUGAUGAGUCUGGAUAUCUGCGCUCCGGCUGGACAUGACGUCCUGCUGCCCUGCAUCUGCUCCGAGCUGCAGCGUUUGCCUCAGAGGUUUGAGGUUCUUUGGGAGGACAGAGAAGGGAGAAUCCUGUUGGACAUCAUUAAUGGCAACACAGAGGUUCGCUUUCAACAUCAGACGUUCAGAGGGCGGGUUCAGAGCUUUCCUCAUCUGUACAUAGAGGGAAACUUCUCUGUCCUCCUGAAGAGCAUCCAGAUAUCAGACAGCAAUUUGUACAAGUGCAUCAUCCCACAGAUGGACUUCAAGGAGGUCAUCGAGGUCACUGUGUCAGAUAAACGUGUCUCCAAACCUGAGACGAGUCUUCCCGAACCUUCAUCUGGAGACAUCAGGACAAACCUGUGCUUUACAUCAUCGAUGGCGUGCCAUCUACUGAGUAUCAGGACCAGAUGUUCACAGGUCGAGUAUUGAGUUUUCCUGAUCAGUACAAGGAGGGAAACUUCUCCAUAAUUCUGAAGAACAUCCAGCUGUCAGAGAGUGGCUCCUACGACUGCUUCAAAAAUCAAGUUCACCUCAUCAUGUCAGGUGCUGUCAAGCCAACGACUCCUCUGACUCUGACUCUGAUUGUGGUUCUUAUUAUUCUGCUUUCCUGUUGAAACCUUUAUAGAAAUGUCUCCUCAGCAAAAUAUCCUCCUGACUGUGUGUGUUGCAGUGGAGUCACUGUGAUCUGUGAUUUAAGUGUGUGCACAGAGCUGAUGCUUGAGGGAAAAGCUGUAUUUGUCCUCACAGCUCUGUUCAGAUUGAAGAUGUCUUCACACACUUUAGUUCAUUCUUUUUGUAUAAUGAAGGCCAGUCCUGGAUAACUCCGCUGCUGUCUGAACUUCUGGAAUGAUUUAUUUUACACAUUUUACAAAAAUAUAAAGGUACUACACCAUCUAACAUGUUAUUUAAUGCCUGAAGGAACCCGUUUUGUUGAUGACCAAAUACCGUUGUUAUUUAUGGUUCAGUCUGUUUGAUUUUAAUAUGUUUUAAAUUUAUGUUUUCUGCUGUAAAUGUCAAGCACAGCUCACAGUUUGUCAGUGUUUAAAGUGCGUUUGAGGAGUGUGAUGUUCUCUCAUUCUGUCUUUAUUUAUCUUUUCCCAGUAUUUUCUGUUUCCACGCUAUGCAUUUCCCUUGUAGAGCUCUGCUGUUUGCUGAGUCACAUGACAAUAAAAAAAUUUAUAGAUUACUUUUGGUGUGAACUGUAAAAAUUAGAUUUUUUUUCCAGCUUUCAUUUUGUUCUGGUUGCAAAGAUCAAAAAAUGUCUUCUGAAUUUCUGAAAUGUUUUCCCAUGGGGAAUUUUUCUUCUCAAUUAAACAUGUGUAUGUGGAUUUUAA